CUCUGUUUAUCACCUGACAGUUCCGGUUUUCGUUUGUGACAACGCUCUUCACGAAGGGUUGUUGUCUUUGCGGAGUUUGAUGUUGUUUUGUUGAAGAAGUCAUUUGUAAUUUGCCAGUAUGGUGUACUGGAGUGAAGUGUUGUUUCUCAGUUUAACAGUUUGUCUUUGUUUGACAGCACAAGCUAAAGCCCCCUCGUCACUGAAACUUGUCAAUCUGGUGUAUCGCCAUGGUGACCGAAGCCCCACAAUGACCUAUCCCAAGAACCCAAACCAUGUCAACGAGACCUGGCCUCAAGGACUGGGCUGGCUGUCUACUUUGGGGAUGCAGGAGCAGUACUCAUUGGGCCGCUUCCUCCGCCGUCGGUACACUGGAUUCCUCAGUGACAAGUACAUACACACUGAGAUAAGAGUGAACAGCUCAGACGUGGACAGGUGUCUGAUGUCUGCCUACUCCAACCUGGCCGGUCUGUACCCUCCAAGUGAGGACCAAAUGUGGAACAGCAACAUCUCCUGGCAGCCCAUCCCCGUCCACACCAGGCCAGCAGAGGAGGACCGUGAGCUGAACAUGGGGGAGGACUGUCCACAGUAUGACCAGCUGUACAAUGCCAGCCUUAAGUCCAACCGCGUCAAGAAGGAGGAGGCAGAGAACAAGGAGUUCUAUGAGUUCAUCACGAGAGUGACAGGUGUAUCACACGAGUCAAUCGCAGAUAUCUGGCAGAUAGCUGACAGUCUGUUUUGUGAGAAACAGCACAAUGUCACAUGGCCGACCUGGGUCAACUCAACAGUAUACAAGAAGCUGCGCGACCUUGAGGCCUGGGGCUUCGACCUCAUGUUCCGCGGCAAGGAAGAGAGUCGUCUGAAAGGAGGCCCGCUACUGAGGGACUGGAUUAGCCUGGCCAAGGAGAAGAUCAAGAACCAGACUGCCAACAUCGUCAAGAUGAACAUGUUCUCUGCUCACGACACGACUGUGGCAGCUGUUCUGAGUGCUCUCAGUGUGUACAACAAAAUGAGUCCGCCCUACACAGCCACUGUGUUCAUGGAGCUGCAUCAGAACACCUCAGGGGACUUCCAUGUAGAGCUGUAUUUCAGGAACACCACCUCCACUGAUCCCAAGGAUGACACACCACCUCACAAGCUUACAAUACCAGGUUGUGAAUUCACGUGCCCAUUCAACCAGUUUGUAUCACUGACCAGUGACAUGGUUCCUACUGACUGGAAGACAGAGUGUCACAUUGGAGGAUUGUCUGAUCUCAAGUUUAACCUUGCUACCAUUAUCGCCAUCUCCGUGGCUUCAGGUGUGGUCCUCAUCCUGCUCGUGGUCAUCAUAGUCAUGUGCUGCAAGAGACACCGGCCCACUGGGGGCUUCGGCUACAAGAUGACUAUAUAGGGGUCUCAGGAUGUAAUCUCCUGUAAACGCCUAGCUAGUGAUGUCUACCAUAUCAUAUGUUGGACUGUUUUGCCAAUAAUAGAGACUUCUGUGUUUGUUCUUUAUCACAGAAAAGAUACUUUUUGAUGACUAAAAUCUUCAUUCAGCCUCAUUAGUAGAAGAACAGUUUUGUUGUGGUGGUACAACUUAUGCAAAAUGUCACCUGUUAAAUUCAGCCUUAGGCCUCUUGCUGUUUUUGUUAGUCACUGUUUGGGUCUGUAAGGUCUGUAGACAAAAUUUCUCUUAAAACAAAAGCUGUUUAGAUAUGAAAAACAAGUCUUUGAUUCCUACAUUUACCUACUAUAAAAUAUUUUUCAUUACUGAAAUUAGUCUGAAAAACACAAAAAAGCAGUGUCAACAGUUACAAUUUUGAUUCUAAUGCACAUUUUAUUUUCCACAAUUUUGUGUAGUGGAUCCCUAAACUAAGCUAUGAAGAGAAGCCACUUUAAUGUACUACAUUCAGGCCACACACUGAAGCAGGCGGAGCUCCACAACACAUCUAGAGCAAUCCCCUUGCUCAGACAGCAAUAUUUCAUCAGCAAUCAAAACAUUUGAGUAAUGGCUUCAUAAAUAGGAACUUGGCUAUGUUUGGGAGAGAGUGUGUACUCCAUUCUGUGUUGUACAUGUGUACUGAACCUGGCCAUGUCAUUUUCCCACCAAAUCCCAAGAGGACAUAUGUUUGCUUAUAGCAAAAUUGAUCACGGGUAUCUGUAGGUUCUAUGGACCAUUUGAACCAGGGACAGAAGUGAAGCUUCAAGUUUCUAGUUUUCUCCUACUGAAUACAUGUAUAUCUAUUAUAUGUGCCCGUUGUGGAGCAUAAAACCCAUGAGGACACUUUAACAUGAAUACAGGCAUAUUUUUAUUUAUGUAGUCUUCAUGAACCCUUAAAUAUACAGGGCACUGUCACAUUUCCAGCAUUCAUAUCAGAAGUUGAUGAAAAAUUUUUGUGUGUAAAAGAAUCUUCAGGUUGUGUUUCUAUUUAUACGCUCUCUGUUACAAGAGAAAACAGACAUGAGGUUAAAUGGUGUAGCGCUGAUAUCACAGAGCUACCAUAUGUAGAAUCUUUGUAUGCAAGGGCUGGUCAAAAAGUUCUGAGUCUGACUAACUUGUUAGUCAAUGUAGUACAUUGUUUUAGUAGUUCAUUGCAAUUGUGUUUAGUCUAUUGAGGCCGUUUGUAUAUUAGUGACAGCCAGUUCAAGGGGAUAGGGGUCCAAAUGGUCAAAGAAAUGGAAAAGAACGAGUACCAAGCAGUUUAUCAAGUAAAUACUCUCCAAGAAAUUCUUGACCGCAUGUCACAAGUUUAUGGGAUUAAGAUGCCGAGUCAAAUCAACAUUCCAUGGAAUGGCUCCAUUCCACUUCUCUGGCACAAAAAGAAAUUCUUCAGAAGUCUUCAAGAUCCAUAAAGGAAGUUGCAGCCACUUUAUUCUGGAAUGCAAAGGGUGUGAUCCUUGUUGAUUACUUAGAAUGUCAAAAGACGUUUACCAGUGCCUACUAUGCUGAUUUGUUUUAGUGCCUGAGAGAUUCUAUUAAAGUAAAGCGGCAAGGGAAAGCUGAGUGCUGGAGUUCUACUACUUCAUGAAAAUGCCUCUUCACACCUCCCAACUUGCAAAGGAUGCUGUGCAACAAUGCUGGUUCAAAGCGCUUCCUCAUCCACCAUACUCGCCAGACCUGGCACCAAGUGAUGUCCAUCUGUUUCCUUAACUGAAAGAGCAACUUCAUGGAAAGCGCUAUGAUGACAACGAUGACCUUAAAGCUGCCGUGAAUGGGUUUUUCAGGGUGGCGACAGAAAACUUCUUCCUAACUGGAAUUGAAAAGCUUCACUAUCGAUGUGAGAAGUGUAUUGAAAAGCAGGGAGAUUAUUUGAAAAAAACACCUUUAAAACCCUUUCACAAUUUCGUUUGUUAGGCUUAGAACUUUUUGACGAGCCCUCAUGUUAUGUUAAAUAUUGUAUAUGGGAUCAUAUGUGUUGUGGUAGCUAUGGCAAUUACUCAGCUAUUUGUGUUUGAAAUGUAUUAUAUUUUGUUUUAUAUGUAGUUAGUAGUGAGGUUCAACACAUAUGUUCCGUUUUUCACAGUAUUUUGAUUUUUACCUUUUUCUCAUGUUUAGACUUUUGACCAUGCUCCUAAAUUAUCUCAAAGGGCAAUUUUCUGACAUUGUAAAUAUCACCUCCUCAGAGACCACUGAUCCAGUGAAGCUGAAAGUUGCCAUGUUUGUUUCCACCAAUGAUGACAUUGUCCAAGAGGUUGGAGUUCUGAUUUUCAACAUUGUCACCAUGGCAAUCAUUUUGAAAAAAAGCAAUGUAUGGCCAUUACUCAGUCAUUUGUUUCAAAGUGUGAUUUGUAGUGGGUCUCAACAAAUGUUCUGUCUUUUUUGACACAUGUUGUUUGGACUAUGCUCUUACAUUCCCUGAAAGCAAUAUUGACUCUGUGAACUUCUGUUCUCAGAUUGACAGCAAGAGGAAGGUGAACUCUGGUCUAGCUUAUGAUGACUAAGGGUGAAACGAUACAUCGAUAUUCCAAUGCAUCACAAUACUUGACCCACAAUACGAUACACGUGGGCCUAUUUAUUGAUACGCCACGGUACUGAAUGCAAAUCUUAAGAGCAGUGUUCCUAGCUAUUCCACCUUUCAAUAAAGCGCGAACUCGGCGAAAUUGUGCAUGAAGUGAUAGGUAGAUCCCACAACUCACUGUUAUUUACAGCAACCACACUCAUAUUACCCCAUCUUGACCCCUUGAAACCAACUUUAGUUGCCAAAGAAUGGAUACAUACAUUAUAAAUGCCAUACUUUUAUUCGUUAAGUCAUGUUUGUGGCAAUUGGAAAAUGUCAAAUUUCAUGUUUUUAUUGACCAAGUUUGUUAUACAUGUUCGUUCACCUGAAUUCACGGAAGGGAGACAAUGUGUGUUUUGAAAGCACAUUACACUUGAUAAAUAUUUUUUUACACUAUGAAUCAUAAACAACUACAAUUCUAAUCUUUUUUAAAACUGUGUACAUGGUAGAUUAUGUUAGGUAGGCAGAGCAUGUACUUUUGUGUUGGUCAUCAACCUCAGUUAAGACUCAACAGCCUGAGACACUGUCAGUACUCAGAGGGCAUCACUGUCACUUUACAUUGUUGACAUUUUAAUUUUUCUGAAAAAGAACUUGAAGAUGAACUAUUCAGACUGUGAAGUACAUUGAUUAUUUUCUGGUGUUUUGAAAUUUGAAGUGUUUUGAAGGAAAGUUUGAGAAAGUCCCACUUUGAAGCUUCACAACUUCAAUAGUCUUGAUAUUGUCAAAUAAUUUUGACUUCCAAAAUCACGAAAGGUCCAAUCUUAACAUGCUUGAAGUCUUGAAACUUAAUAAAUGCUUGAGUACAUGAGUACUGUUAUCUGUUUUGUUGCGUAUCUAGAUACGUAUCGUAUCAUGACCUGAAUAUUGAGAUACGUAUCUUUACCUUCCUGUAUCGUUGCACCCCUACUUAUGAUAUUAUAUUUUCAAAUCAGUCCUCAAUAUUUAUGUAGAAAAUAUUUAAGUAUCAAUCCUGACAGCCACUAUCCUUAAGUGGCUGUCUUUAUUGACAUUUCAGACUGUUGAUUACACAUCCAAGUGAGCUUCAGUGCCACCUCACUACGUUUUCAUAGUGCUCAACAUUGGAGUUUGGAAGAUAAUUAUGAUGAAGUGACAUCAGCAUAUGUUCAUGUUGAGAGUGGCACCUCCCGCUUCUGUGUGUAAUCAAAGCAGGCAGUUCAAACACAGGUCGUAAUGCCUUUGAAUGCAGUUUCUUGGGUGCUCUGUAGGUAGAAGCAAAUAAAUAUGCAGCAGUGUACAUCUGUUUUAGUAUGUAUUUGUGUUCCUGUUUGUCAUCUCUCUACUGUGAACCAUUGAGGUGUUGCACCAUGCUUCUAUUGGUACCAAAUCUGUGAUAUUGGGGACUGAAUAAUAUCCCAGUAGGUGAAAAUGAAAAACUUCAAUAAGUAAUUGAUCUUGUUGAAGGUGAAUGUGCAUGUUGAUUUUUGAGAAAACAGAUGUCUCAUUUUGGACGAUUGUCUGUCGUACCAGUGAAUAUUAUGUAAUGUGUGGCUAUUGUUUCAUCCAAUGUACCCAUCACAAGUUAGUGUCUGCCUUUCCACGAGCUACCGUGGAGCAUGUACAUACCACCUUUAAUAAAUGCUUAGAAUGUCAUGGUUGUGGUAUGGCUUGUAUACAUUGUGCUCCUCUCAUCAUGUACUCCAUACAGUGGGGUUGCAGCAAGUACUUCCAAAUUAGCUCCAAACACUCCCAACAUUGGGAAUAAGGUACAGCCCAUCUGUAGCUCAACCUCCGCAGCAGGCAACGCAACUGCAGGACAAGUUUACUGUUUGGGCACACAUCAGUUAGCAUCGUGUAAUUUCCCAAACAUUUUGUUUGUUUUAAUUCAGUUUUCCAAACAUUAUUUCCAAACUAAUUUUGCUUUCUUUGAAGGAAAGGUACUACCUACUGUUAAAAUUCCAGUGAGAUUAACUGGCAUAAAAAUGUAUAGCAAAAACAAUAUUUGAUAUAAAUAUCCCAGCCUUUGCUCCCAUAAGGUGCCAUAGUGAGUCAGCAGUACUAGUCUCAAAACAGUGUACCUUGUCACAAAGAACAAUGGAGCUCAUGGCCAAAUAUACCAGUAAUUAACAUUUCAUGAAAUAGUGAAAGAUAGUUCUGCUUUACUGAGUGAUCACAGAAGUGUAUGGAUGAGGGCGUGUUUCCUCCUGGCUGUCUACUGUAGCUGCAAUCUGUGACACCAUGUCCAAGUAUUGUGUCCAUGACCAAUGACCCUUACAUUUCAUUGAACAGGCGGUGUCACUACUUCAGCCAUAUGGACGACAUAGUGUGAUAGAUGUCUUUGUUAUUCAACUGAUGUAACCUGACUGAGGGAUUCGCCCUACUAAUACUCAUUAAAAGGAACUAAGACACCCUCCAUGUUAAAUGGGUUUUGUGUAAAUCAUGUGUGCAUGUCACUUGCAGUGGCUAUAGAUAGGUAUUUUGCAGUUUAUAAUGUUUUUAGGAAGAGAAUUUAUGGAUGUCAACUUCUUUAUUAUGUGGAACACAAUGUUUCGGAGUAUAUGCUUACUCUUUCAUCAGGUGAAGUAAUGCUAUGAGGCAGAGAACAUAUAUAUGUACCUGUAAGAACAACAUAAGUAAUAAGAUAACAAAGGUGAAAACUUAACAAGGGAGCCACCCGUUCAUUGGCGCUGAUAGGUGAUGACGGGAGGCAGGGGGUAAUUAGCACUGACAGCUAUAAGGAAUGGAAAUGGCAAUGGACAUAUAGACAAAUGUUAUUACCUACCAUUGCCAUUGCUAUUACCUAACAGUUGUGUUCCUCAUAAUAAAGAAGUUGACAUUCAGAAGAUCUCUUCCAUUGUGCAUCACCUCGAAAUGCCAUUAAAAGACUUAUAAUGUUUAGUAAUCAUUACUGGAACAGCUGUGUUCUCUGUGUAAAGUAGGAUACUAGUACAGUCUAUUGCCCUACUUUCAUGCCCAGACAAAGCUUGUCUGAUUGUCAAGUUUGUGUAAUUCAUAUAUGUAUAUAAAUAACAUUCCACACUGUAA